AUGGCGCACCAGUCCGAGUACGACUUCCUCUUCAAGCUCCUACUCAUUGGAGACUCGGGCGUGGGCAAGUCGUGCCUGCUGCUGCGGUUUGCGGAUGACACCUACACAGAGAGCUACAUCUCGACCAUUGGCGUAGACUUUAAAAUCAGGACGGUGGAGCUGGACGGCAAAGUCAUCAAGCUGCAGAUCUGGGACACGGCAGGCCAGGAGCGCUUCCGCACCAUAACCAGCAGCUACUACCGCGGCGCGCACGGCAUCAUCGUGGUGUUUGAUGUGACGGACCAGGAGAGCUUCAACAACGUCAAGCAGUGGCUCAAUGAGAUUGACAGAUACGCAAACGAGAACGUGAACAAGCUGCUUGUGGGCAACAAGACUGACUUGACUAGCAAGCGCGUGGUGGACUUCAACACGGCCAAGGCGUUUGCGGACGAGAUUGGCAUCCCCUUCAUCGAGACCAGCGCCAAGAACGCGUCCAACGUGGAGCAGGCAUUUAUGACGAUGGCGGCAGAGAUCAAGAAUCGCAUGGCGCGCGAGCCUGCCGUCAACAAGUCCGCCAACACCAUCAGGCCGGGCGAGGGCAAGUCCAUUGCGACACAGAAGAGCAGCUGCUGCUGA